UAUAAUUGAAUUGUGUUUGCUUUUGAUAAUGUCGACAUAAUGUCGACGACAUGUCGAUAUAAUGUCGAUAUGUUUUUUAAAUUUUUUGGCAGCUUUAUUUAUUUAUUUUUUGUUUUUUCAGAUGGCUCCGAGACUCAUAAUUCCAGCACCCGAGCAUUUUACUGGUCGCGUUACUUACAGAGGCACCGGAAUUUUUCCAAAAAUCAAGUCUCGGUUUGAGGAGUACAACUUGAAUAACACGGCAAAGGAAAACCGUUUCGGCAGCUUUUGGAAUGCUGUACCGUUGACAUUCUCCUCGGUGUUAUUUCACCAGCUGAUGCUCCACAAAAUGAAGGUAGAUGCCCAGGAGGAGUUGAGGAUGCAGUUUUACGUUGGUCGGAAGGAGGUCAGAUUUGGAGUGCUGGAGUUUGCACUCAUUACAGGCCUAGACUUCUCCUCGGGGCCAACAGAAGAGGAGAAGGCUGCGCAGGUUGCUCGCUCAGGAUCAGACCGAUUGAUCAACAAAUAUUUCAAUCGGUCUGAUAGUGUGAAGACAGAAGCACUCCAAGAUAGGUUCACAAACUGUCAGAACCCGGAAGACUUGUACAAGCUCGGCUUGUGCUUGUUUGUGGAGUCAGUGCUUCUGGGUCGCGAGGCAAACGCGCUGAUUACGCCUCACAUACUUAGAUAUGUGGAAGACUUCGAGUUCUUCUUCCGGAUUCCUUGGGGGAAGCACUCAUUCGCCAGACUCAUGCACUCGCUUCAAAAAAACAUGUUGAAGUAGAAGGCCAACUACGAGAAGAAGCUGAGUUCGAAUGUUCAGCACGAGUGCAAAUACACAGCUUAUGGCUUCGCACCUGCAGUACAAUAUUGGGCGUACGAGGCCAUUUUGGAGGUAGGCAAGAGGUAUGGCACGAAUCACGGGAUUCGAUUCCCCAGGAUGCUUAGGUGGACGAGCAAGGGCGAUAUUGGGAAGAAAGACGUCAGCGCAUUAUUUUCUAGACGGAUAUGAAUUUCACUUAUGUUCAGAAUAAUUAUUUAACAUAAAUGCUUGUAAUAAAUGCUAAAUGGUUCUAUUUUGAUAUUUUUUGAACCAUAAACAGAAUCUUGAAGUGGUGAAGGGGCUACUUCUACGGACAGAGGAGGAGGCAUUUGUGAGGACCAUAUCUUACGAUGGUGUGGAGAACCUGGUUGAUGAUGGUGUGGAUGACACAGAGGCUGAGGCAGGUAGUCAGGUACCAGAGACUCAGGUACCAAUUUUUGGAACUUUUUUUUUAUGUCUUGAUUUUUUAUUGUUUUUGUUUUGUGAUAUUUGUUACAUUGUGGAAUUAUCGUAUGCUUACCGUAUUUUUUUGGUAUAUAUUUUUUCAGGCCACUGGUUCAGAACCUCAGCCCAGUGCACCAUCUUCAUCAGGCGUUCGGGGUGCCGAGUACACUGAUUUAGUGGCGAGGUUGGAUAGGAUCGAGGCUGACACUCAGGGUCUGUAUGCUGCUCAUGUCGAGCUGAAGAAGGCAUACGAGACCAACCAUGUAGAGCUGAAGGGUGGUCAGAACGUAAUUAUGGAGCAGCUUAGAGACAUAUUGGCCAUGUUGAAUCGUCCGCCAACGACAGUUUCAGCACCGGAGGCCCCAGCAGAUCCAUCUACCCCACCACCAGCUGCAUCACCCCCAGUAGAAGAGGAGGAGGUCUUCCCCGACGGGUACGAUCCUUACGAGGGAGCUCCAGCGACUCUGAUCGAUACAGGUGUUAUCCAUGUACAUGACACCGAGUCGCAGGGUGAGAUUCUGUCGAUAGAGGCACAACCUGCAGUGAUUAAGAGUCGGAAGAGGAAGAGAAAUCCUCCUGUAUGGUUCGGUGACUAUACGGAGAUGAAGAGGAGACAUAGGCCAUCUUCGACGUUUGAUCCCCUGGAGCCACCGGAUGAGAAAUUGUUAACCACUUUCCGAAAGUGGUGUGUUGGACUCAUUCCGAACCACCGACUUCGGGAUUUGAGAAGUGGUGAUUACGGUCCAUCAUUCUUUUGGAUAAUGCUCACACCAAAGGAAUGUCUUACAGAUGACGUAAGUAAAGUAUUUUAUAAUAUUACUUCACUUUACAACUUUAUGUGCAAUUAAUAUAUUUUUUUGUCUAACUGACAUUUUCCUUUAUAUGCAGCAUAUAGAUGCAGGAAUGCAUAUGCUGAGGAGGCGACGCACCGACUAUCCACUGACAUUUCCUUAGAAGGGUGUCAUUCUCUCCACAUUCGUGACCACCAUGAUCAGCAGUGCAUGGACGAGCCACAAGGGUCCGAGGAGAAACUUUGUGUGGGAGGAUUAUAUCCUGGACUACUGCAGAGGGGUUCAUAAGGUAUUGUUUUAGUAAGAUUUUAAAUGUUAAUUGUUUGGGAGGAUUAUUAUGGUUUUUUAAUUGUUUCGUUGUUCUCCGUAAUUACAGUCCCAAGUCUUUGAGAGAUGGAGGGGUAACGAGUUUAUUUACUUCGUUCUGCAUCUUCCCGAGGCAAGGCACUGGGUCACACUUGAAGUUGACAUAGAGCUGUGGAAAAUUAAUGUCUACAACUGUGAUUCCAGCGUCUGUCAUUGGACCGCCAUGGAACCCAUCCUGAAGACUUGGGGAGAACUGCUGCCCUCGCUAAUCCUUGCAACCGGGGAAUUUCCACAUAACAACGAGAUCAUGGCGUUAACUAACAGAGACAUCACGGUGCUUCUAAAAAUGCACUCGACUCGAGCCACUCACGACUUAGUUCCGAAGUCAACAACCAAGUACAUAGCGAUAAAAAAGUAUUAUAGUAUUAAAAUAUGUUUUACGUUAGACUGACUUUACAUUUUAUUUUGCAUUUAGUGGUGAUUGUGGCAUCUAUUGCAUUGAGUAUGUGGAGCAUCUCAUGAUGCAACGUGGAUUGACCGAUGUGAAGCCAGGCCGGAUAGCUAUGUUUCGUCAACGGUGGUGUGUUGAUUUAUUUUACCAAAAUGUUGGCUGAUUAUAUGUGUAAUUAUUGGGACAUUGUAUAUUUUGUGUAAUUAACAUUACAUUUAUGUAUAUAUAGACAUUCUCUUCGUUCAAAUUUUAAUAAUUAUUCGUGGUUUCAAAUAUAAAAUAUCGAUAUUAUUCAACAAAAAUAACUAUUAAACCUAAAAAUAAUUAAAAUAUUUAAAAAAUAUUCAACCUCGACAUUAUUUUAAAGCAGU